AUGAAUUAUGUAGCUAUUCAAACCACAAUAGUAUUAGUCUCAUCUGUUAUAUCAUCAAUUCCUAUCGUCCAUGCCGGAAAUAUUCCCGCGAUCAUUGCAUUCGGAGAUUCGAUACUCGAUACGGGAAACAACAAUAAUCUCUAUACUCUGACUAAGGUUAACUUCUAUCCGUAUGGGAGAGACUUUGUUACUCGGAUGGCCACUGGAAGAUUUGGCAAUGGAAGGAUUCCUACAGAUUUAAUUGCCGAAGGUUUAGGAAUAAAGAACAUUGUACCGGCUUAUCGUAGUCCAUUCCUUCAACCCAAUGAUAUCUUAACCGGUGUUAGUUUUGCUUCCGGUGGUUCCGGUUUAGAUCCAAUGACCGCCAGAAUUCAGGGGGUUAUUUGGGUGCCAGACCAGUUAAACGACUUCAAAGCUUACAUAGCAAAGCUAAAUAGCAUAACAGGAGAUGAAGAGAAAACAAAGUCAAUCAUAUCGAAUGCAGUUUUUGUCAUUUCAGCUGGAAAUAACGAUCUCGCCAUCACAUAUUUCAAAAAUCCAGCAAGAAGCACUCGUUACACUAUCUUCUCAUACACUAACAUGAUGAUUUCAUGGACUGAAUCAUUCAUAAAGGAAUUGUAUAAUUUGGGAGGGAGAAAAUUUGCAAUAAUGGGAACAUUACCAUUGGGUUGCUUGCCAGGAGCAAGUAAUGAUCUUGGAGGAUUAUGUCUAGAACCGGCAAACACAGUGGCUAGUCUUUUUAACCAGAAGCUAGCGAACGAAGUGAACAACCUCAACACGAUGCUCCCAGGUUCUCGUUCGAUUUACGUCGACAUGUACAAUCCUCUUCUUGAACUUGUCAAAAACCCUCUAAGAUCAGGAUUUACAUCGCCAACUAGGCCUUGCUGUUGUGCUCCGGCAGCUCCUGUACCAUGCUUGGAUGCAUCUCGUCAUGUGUUUUGGGACAUUGGACAUCCUUCCGAGAGAGCUUAUCAGACUAUUAUCCCUCCCAUUAUCCAACAAAUCCAACAAAGCUUCGCUUGA